AUGGAGGCGCCGAAGACUGAUUCACUUCCGGCGGACGCGUCACAGGAGCAACAGCAGCAGCAAGACGCGACUGCCCUCCUGCGUCAGAGGGCAGCAGCAAGACAGGAACGUCUGCUGGCGCGACAAGCCCAGCGUAUGCGGAUAGUUCAGGGCAUUGGCGCUGCAGCAGCCAGCAACACCAGCACAGGCGAGCAAAGCAACCAAAAUGAGCCGCGGGAACGGGCCGGGGUCGAUGCUGGCCGCGGGGUCCCAAAGAGUGCAGCAGAAUUAAAUGUUGCCGACAGCAGCAGCAGCAGCAUCAGCAGGGGCACAACCCGCAGCAUGAGGACGUGGCUAGAUUUGCUUUGCGCAUUUCUUGGAGUCGGCGCUGCCGUGAACACUAUUUUGCGGGAGGAAGCAUCUCCGUACUAUCUGUUUGAAGCCCUCGGCUUUCCCUACGGCCCAACGAGUUGGACAGUGUUGUGUGCCAUCUGCAGUGCGCUUCUCUACCUGCCGUUGCCUCUACUUCUGGUUCUGUCGGUUGCAGAUCAGCUGCAGCAGCAUGGAAGCACUCCAGGAGACAUCUGGAGAGGAACGGCGAAACUUCUCGCCUCCCCAGUUGGACCCAGCCACGGAUCUCAAAGGCCAUGGCUGCUACGGGCAGUCGUUGCAGCGCCAAAAGCAGCUGCAGCAGUUAAGCCUCACCUCUUGCGCUGCUCGUUCUUUUUCGUCUCAUUCUGCUUCGCAACAACUACCCUUAGGAUUGCAGCAUGGGCAGCUGGGUGCUGCCAGCGAACACAGCGGCAGCAGUAA